AUGGGCAAGGCGAACACGGUGUCGUCGUGGCUGUGCUGCCCGUGCCGGUGCCUCUUCUGCGGCCUCCUCAGCUGCAUCUUCAGCGUCGUCGCCUGCGUCCUCGUCGUCGUCGGCCUCGUCGCCAUCGCCCUCUACCUCCUCUUCCGGCCGCACCUCGUCCACGCCACCGCGGACACCGCCGACCUCGCCGGCUUCAACCUCACCCCGCGCACCUGGAUCCUCCGCUACAACCUCUCCGUCGCGCUCUCGCUCCGCAACCCCAACACCCGCAUCGGCAUCCACUACCACUCCGUCGCCGCCGAGGCUUACUACCAGGGCCAGCGCUUCGCGCACGUCGACCUCCCGGACGUCGACCAGGACACCGGCGAGACCACGGUGGUGCCCGUGGUCUUCACCGGGGAAUUUCCGCUGGAGGGCGGCGUGGCCGCCGCGGGGUUCCGGAAGGAGGCCAUCGAGCAGGCGCGGUUCUCCGUCGACCUCAAGAUCACCGCCAAGAUGAAGCUCAAGGUGUGGGCGUUCAGGGUGUCCGGCCCCAAGCCCAGGAUCGACUGCCCGCUUACCAUCCAGAGAAGGAACGCCUCCUCGCCACCCGGCGCCGCGCCUCCCGAGUUCCACCCCACAGAAUGCCGCGUCUGGUUCUGA